CUAACUAGCACCUGGGCUGAUUGAUACAUAAGCCAGCCGAUGGGCUGGUUACAAACAUUGAAAUCCCGAUGGCGAAGUGAGCCUCAAACAAGCAAAGAAGGAUAUUUAUACAGAGAUAGCAACAAUGGCAAGCGAGGGCAAGGAGACCUAUCGGUUGGCCUGCCCAGAGGCAAGCAACUGCCCUGAUAUGCACAUCUCGUACGGAUUGCCAUUCACCGAGUCCUGCGCCAGACACGCCGAGCAAACCUUCCAAGCGAAGCGCGUGUACAUCAUCGCCUCUACAAGCCUAUCCAAGCAGACUUCGCUGGUCUCAGACCUGGAGCGAGCCCUCGGAGACCGACACGCAAAGACCUGGAUAGGGAUCCGCCCUCACACGCCCUGGGAUGACCUCGUUCCUAUCAUCAACGAUAUCCGCAAGGUAAAUCCAGAUCUUCUGGUCACUCUUGGUGGAGGAUCUUUGUCGGAUGGAGCGAAGGUGAUUCUCUACGCUGUGGUUAACGGAGUUCAAACGGUAGACGACUUGGGCCGUCUCUACCAGGCUAGAACUGCAGAUGGCACUCCAAUGCGGGACAUGACCGGUGUUGGCAACGAGCCCACUUUGCCUAUAGUCUUCAUCCCGACUACGCUUUCAGCUGGCGAGUUCUCCUGCUACGGAGGAUCCACCAACCCGGUUACCCUUCACAAGCGUAUUAUGAAGCAUCCCAAGAUGUUCGCGCGACUGGUCAUUCUGGACCCUCGUCUGACUCUCACAACGCCGCAGUGGGUUUGGAUUUCAACUGGUGUCCGGGCUAUUGACCACUGUGUUGAGGCACUGUGCUCAAACCAUUCUCUAUCAAGGGAACUGGUCCAAAUUGCAGAAAGAUCGCUUACUACGCUGGCGAAAAACCUCUUGCUCACAGUGAAAGACCCAUCCCAGCUGCAGCCACGACUGGACUGUGCAAUUGCCGCAGGUGAUAUUGCCGGAAAUCUUCUUCUUGCCCCUCAAGUGUCCGCCGGCGCUAGUCAUGGAAUUGGACACCAGCUUGGUCCGCUCGGUGUAGGCCAUGGCCAAACCAGCUGCGUGAUGUUACCAGCCGUUCUUCGCUUCAACCGACUUCAUUCGCUACGAGAUAGUGACCAGGCAGAGAAGCAGGAUCGAGUCAAGCGAGCUAUCUGGGGCAGUGACCCUACGCUUGAACGGAUCCUGACGAGCGAGGGUGGAUUGAAUAGAGACUCGGCGGAUGCGAGUGUGACGGUUCGUGGACUAUUCAAUGCGUUGGAUAUGCCGAGUACGCUGAAGGCCGUUGGUGUGGAUCGAAGUCACUUUGAUGCUCUUGCUGUAAAUAGCUUGGAUGAUGUUUGCACUGCUGCUAAUCCUGUGCCUUUGAAGAAGGAGGACGUUCUGGAGAUUCUGGAGAGCGUGGCCGAAUGACCAUGAGCGUUCCAUAUGGUAUAUAGAUCAUCUAGUUCCAGUGAACCCAGUUGCAAUACCCCAAUGCAAGACUCGGUCGCAAUGGUUUUUAUGGAACUGUGUUGCCCGUGCGAGAUGUUUGUGCACUACAUUGAGCGUAGAUCUAUUCGUUGUUUAUUUGUGGCUACUCACCUUCCAAUAUAUUUCGAGUCG